GUCGCAAAAGUGAUCAAGAAGGCCGCAGCGAGAUGCGGUCUGGACCCCAUGCGGUAUUCAACACACUCAGUCCGGAUCGGAGGGGCUACCGCGCUCCUGAAUGCGGGUGCAGAUCACCUGGUCAUCAAACUGAUGGGACGGUGGAUGUCUAACGCCUUCGAAGACUAUCCCGUACUCUCGUCCAAGGGGACAGCAGAUCUGUCCAGGCAAAUGUGCUGA